AUGGCUGAGGCAUCAGAGCCAGCCAGCGUGGAUUUCAAUAUCUGCAGUGAUGAUCUGCAUGAGGGGACUGAGUGCACCAUCAGCAAAUUUGCAGAUGACACCAAGAUGGGUGUGAGUGUGGAUGUGAUGGAGGAGAGGAGGGCUCUGCACAAGGCCCUGGACAGGCUGGAUCCAGGGCCCAAAUCCAACAAGGUAGCCAUCAAAAGGGUGCCACAGAACCGCGUCCAUCACUGGGGUGAGCUGCCCGAUGGCACCAGCGCGCCCCUGGAGAUCGUGCUGCUGGACAAGGUGUCCAGUGGCUUCUCCGGUGUGGUCCAGCUGCUGGAGUGGGUUGAGCUCCCCAACGACAUCUUGAUGGUGGUGGAGCGGCCGGAGCAGUCUCAGGACCUGCACCAUUUCAUUCAAGCACGGGGCUUCCUGUCCGAGGGGGUGGCGCGGCAGCUGUUCCACCAGGUGCUGGAGGCCGUGCGGCACUGCACCAGCUGCGGGGUCCUGCACAGGGAUAUCAAACCAGAGAACAUCCUGGUUGACCUGGCCACCGGGCAGGCCAAAUUGAUUGAUUUUGGCUGUGGCACCUACCUGCAAGAGGCAGCCUACACUCACUUUGCAGGAACACCAUCAUACAGCCCCCCGGAAUGGACCCAUUUUGGCUGGUACUAUGGCAAGCCAGCUACCAUCUGGUCCCUGGGCAUCGUGCUGCACCAGAUGGUCUGCGGGGAGCACCCUUUCAGGAGGGACCAGAACAUCAGCUGGGACCAUCAGCUCUCGCUGCCACAACGGCUCUCUCCAGAGUGCCAAGAUCUGAUCAGGCAGUGUUUAUCCAUGCUGGACGUGGAAAGGCCCUCAUUAGAAGAGGUGUUCUGUCAUCCUUGGAUGCAGGAUAUUCAUCUGCCCUAGAAGAAGGGAGAGAGCCACAGGCACACUGUGCUGCAGGGCCCUGGUAAGUUACAGCUCCACACCUGCCUUGGCCAUCAGAAGCAAAGGAAUCCCAGACUUUUUUGUCCUGCCUGUGUCACUGCCCAGGGCUCAUCAGAUGGGAGCACACAGCCCUUGUGCUGGAGCUGAGCUGCUCUGCCCAGCCCUGGUGACCACCAUCCAAGCAGGUUUUGCUUGUCCUGGUUCCCUGACAGCUGGGGCCCUGGGCAGAGCCCUGACAGCCUGGUCUGAGCCCAGGGAAGGAGAAGGAGCCCCUGGAAAAUCUGUAUCAGGUGGGGCUGCUGCUGCAGGAGACAGCGAGGAUCACAUCAAGGAUGACAGCCUCUCCCUGGACCUGGCCACUGGUAAGCUUAAGUUGAUGGACUUCAAUUCUGGCACCUUCUUCAAAGCCUGGCUGCACAGCAAAUUUACAGAUGAGUCCACAUGCAGGGGGAUGCUCCCAGAUUUGGGCAUUGCACAGCCUGGCUGGGAACCAAAAGUUCCCACCCCACUCAUUGCUGGGGUGGAUACAACUGAUCCUUCAGUCUGCUGCCCAGCUGCUUUUGGCAGGGCUGGGGGCAUGA